AUGAGCCUUUCGCCAUUUAGAAGUGAGGCCCCGCUUGGCAUCUCUAUAUUGACCAAGGUCUUGGCGCAAGCAGUCAAGUCAAGUCCGCUCACGGCUCCCCUACCGAGCUCGCCACCUCGGGCUACUACGGCCAUCGCCAACCAACCUCCGCCUCGAGACACCACCGCUGCUGCUUCUUGGAGGGAACUUGUGACUCCGGAUCACACAGCAAGGACUCUGUCGACCUCGGACCAUAGCAAUGCGUUGGACCCAGGCUCUGGUCCAGGGUCCUCUACUCCGUCUCUGGCCAGUUCUCGGGUCUCUGACAAUCCCUCGGAUGGUUCCCCGUCCCCGGUCUUCCCCAUCUUCCGUCAUCCUCAACACUCUCCUCCCUCUGACCGUACUAAGGGCUUCCAUCAAGGAGUUUCCAAUGAAUGGUCUCCAAGAGAGCAAUUUCAACACAGAAUGUGCGACGCGCCAAGAGCCAAGAAGGGCCAAGAGCGGACAGUCGCCAUGGAACUGACCCACAGAGGCGGUCUUUCCUCAGCGCAAGAAGCUUGGACGAAAGAAGGAGCGGUCGCAGCGCUGGAUCCAACAUCAGCCGCACCGUGGAGACCUUUCCGUUUUUCUCGCCCGAGGCGGCAGCUGGAGAGAUUGCUUUUUGCAAAUUCAAGGCCAGUUGUCGUCGGUCGUGUGGGGGAGUGA